CUGAACAUCUGGGGUUGAUCACAAGAUCACAAGCUGGAAAGCAUUCAUCUGGCUUCUAGAAAUAAACACAUCUAGCUCAAUGCUUUCCACAACUUUAUUGUUUUAAUGAUAGACUGAAGGAGCUGAAACAGCCAUUUUAAAUCUUUUAAUUCUUUCAGCUUUAGUAUUUGUAGCCAUUUUUUUCACAUCAUAGUAUCAUACAGUAAUUAUAUUGAUUUUAAUUCUGAGGGGGCAGUUUUAGCGUGAUUUUUCUUCCCAUUAUUAAUUCUUUAUUUUUCCCCACAAGAUUUCAUGAAACUAUGGUAAUCUUGCAAUUCAGAUUUUUAUUAGUUUCAUUUUUCACAGGUAUCGUGGGAGAGGCCCAAUAUGUAAUGCAAGAUGAAGUACUAAUGCAUUACAUCAACCGGCGUUUUCUAUCUUUAGAGAGCAGGCUGGAAAAAUGCAACCAAGAUAUACUGGCUUAUGUACAAGAAUUCCAUGACUUUUCAAGGAGGAUGGUAUCGUCCUUGGAGGGGCUGAAAGUUUAUAAGGCUGAGUUUAAAAAUGAAGUGGAGCAUUUGCUAACAAGAGUUGAAAGAGCACAAAGGGACAUUGACUAUUUUCAAUCAACAAGAGAAUCUACUGCCUGUGUAGAAGUAGAUGAAGACAUGGUGGAAAAGCAGCUAAAUGAAGACGCAGAAGAAAAAAGGAAAGUCAAGCUCAUGCUUAAUGCAAGCUGUGACAACAUGCUUGCAGGUAUCAAGUCCAUAAAAAUAGUUAAGAAGACUGGAGAUAUGCACGGCUCUUGGAUGACAGAUCCAGGCAAAGACCAUAUGAAGAUUUAUUUCUUAAGUGGAUCCAAGAAUAAUGUUAUUUUGGAAUUUGCAAAUAUUCGGGCAUUCACGGAAAGGAAUCAUAAGCUAACACCACAGAGAGUUAACCUGCCAUCUUCCUGGCAGGGAACUGGCCAUGUUAUGUAUAAUGGUUUCCUGUUUUAUCACAGAUAUGGCUCCUUAAAUGAGAUAGUUAAAUAUAACAUCCAGAGAAGAAAGGUAACUGAUAGAAUGCUCCUGCCGGGUGCUGGACAGAUUUCUGCCUAUGAACUGUUUCCUGAUACUAAAAUAGAUCUUGCUAUUGAUGAACAAGGGCUGUGGACAAUCCAUGCAGAGCCAGACACGAGUGGAAACCUUGUCAUCACUAAAAUCAGCCAUAUGACUAUGACUGUAGAGCAUACUUGGGACACAUCAUGCAAUAGCAAGAAUGCUGAAGCAGCUUUUCUGAUGUGUGGCACCCUCUAUGUUGUGUACAACUCUCCUAGUGGAGGCACAUCUCGGAUCGAAUGUGUGUACGAUGUCUUAGACACUAUAAAUACGUAUGAAAUCCCCGUUUUACCUUUCCCCAAACGUCAGGGUAGCCAUUCUAUGAUACAUUAUAACCCCAAAGAAAAGCAGCUAUUUGCCUGGGCUAAUGGAUCCCAGAUCCUUUACAAACUUCAAACAAAGCAAAAAGUUUAAGAUCUUCAGGAACUUUUGAAAGAUGAAUACUAAAAUAAGCUUAAGGUCAAUGACCGAAGUUCUCUUCUCAGUUACCAUCAUGGAAUAUUCCCCUGGCUUUUCCAUUUGCUCACUGUUAGAUGUUUUUUUAUA